CUUUCCCCCAAAAUUCACCUCUUCUCCCCCAAAUUCUGAAUCUUCUCUCACGCUCAAAAUCACAGAAGCUCCUCAAAUCACAGAAGCUCCUCAAAACCCUAUCCCAUCAUUAUCUCUCUCUCUCUCGCUCGUGUGGAUUUUCUUGCCCUUGUUCUUGGUUUCAGAUUCAGCCUAGUUUCUGUGUUUUUUCACAAGGAAAUUGGGUUUUUAUUGAACUGAAGAUGUCUGGAUCUUUGAAUAUGACUCUUGAUGAUAUUGUCAAGAGUGGUAAGGCUGCAAGGUCUAGGGGAAGAGGUGGUUCCCGCCGUGGUCGCGGUCAAGGUCAUGGUCAUGGUCAAGGUCAUGGACCGAAUGGUUUUCUCGGUGGUGGUGGAAGAGGAACCGGACCCGUGCGAAGAGGUCCUCUUGCCGUGAAUGCUCGGACAUCAUCUUUCACCAUUAAUAAGCCUGUCCGUAGGAUCAGAAGCUUGCCAUGGCAGAGCAAUUUGUUUGAAGAUGGUCUAAGAGCUGCUGGGGUAUCAGGACUUGACGUUGAAACCAGGCUCCAUAUCACAAAUCUUGACCAUGGUGUGACAAAUGAAGAUAUAAGGGAACUCUUUUCUGAGAUUGGGGAGCUGAAGCGUUAUGCUAUUCAUUUUGACAGAAAUGGUCGCCCAAGUGGCACAGCUGAAGUAGUGUAUCCGAGAAGAAGUGAUGCAUUUCAAGCUCUGAAGAAAUACAACAAUGUAUUAUUGGAUGGAAGGCCAAUGAGACUUGAGAUUCUGGGUGGUAACAACAACACCGAGUCUCCUUUACCGGCUCGUGUAAAUGUGAAUGUCACUGGUCUCAACGGAAGGCUGAAGAGGACCGUUGUUAUCCAGCAAGGAGGAGGGAGAGGUAGGAGCAUCCGUGGGAGAGGAGGAAGAGCUCCAGCUCCUCCUGUCACUCGCCUUCCAAUUCAAAACUGGCAGGGAGGAACGAGAGGAGGAAGAGGCGGGUUUCGUGGUAGAGGACGUGGUGGUGGUGGCGGCGGAGGACGUGGCCGUGGUGGUGGUGGUGGAAGAGGGAGUGGAAAGAAGCAAGUGGAGAAGUCUGCGGCUGAACUUGACAAGGAUCUUGAAAGCUAUCAUGCAGAUGCCAUGAACACCUCUUGAAAAUUGCAGAUGAAGAAUCUAAGUGUUGUUUCUUAUUACUACUUAGUCUCAGUGUUUUGAGAGAGAGAUGGUAUCUUUUUUUCAUGCCCUUCGUUUCUAGUGAUUUGGUUAUGUUUGAUGGUUGUUUGUAGUGUAAAGUAAAUGAAAAAAAAAGAAGUUGUUUAGAAUCUAUUCGAAGGUAUCGAUUGGGUAUGGAUAGUUUGCAGGUUUAGUGAUUUAAAAAGUU